GUAAACCUGGCUGCUGUCGGCAUGUUUGCAUGGUCAAAGCUGUGUGGCAGGUUUGAAAACAGCCAGACAAAUGAGAACAACAUGUCAAAAAGCAGCUCUUCUUUUACUUCUUCUGCUUCUUCGGCAGUUAAUCCUGUUGCAAGUUAUGGUCAGUUUGUCAAGCUGUUUUCCGCCGCUUUCUAUGCAGUCAGCUCUUUUCUUAUAGUGAUUGUCAACAAGACCGUUUUAACAACCUAUAGAUUUCCCUCCUACACAUUCCUUGGAAUUGGACAGAUGGCUUGCACAAUCAUUAUUCUUUAUUUAGCCAAAAUGUGCAAAGCAGUUUCUUUUCAGGACUUUGACAAGAGCUUGCAUAGAAAGAUUUUUCCUUUGCCAUUACUCUAUGUUGGCAAUCACAUAACAGGUCUCGGAAGCACAAAGAAAUUAAGCUUACCCAUGUUUACUGUGCUCCGAAAAUUCACUAUUCCAAUGACAAUGAUUAUGGAAGCAAAAAUAUUGAGAAAAUCCAUUUCACCUCACCUGGCAUGCAGUGUGGUGGCCAUUGUGUUUGGUGCACUAAUCGCAGCAAGUUCUGACCUGGCCUUUGAAGCAGAGGGAUAUGCUUUCGUUCUGCUUAACGAUGUCUUCACAGCUGCCAAUGGCGUGUACACAAAACAGAAAGUAGGAAUAGAGGGCCUGGGCAAGUAUGGAGUUUUGUUUUACAAUGCUUUUAUCAUCAUAAUUCCCACUAUUUUAUCAAGUGCCUGCACUGGAGAUUUAGAGAAAGCUAUUGCCUUUAAAGGAUGGAUAUCACUAGAAUUUAUUUUUUAUUUUCUUUUGUCUUGUGUUAUGGGAUUCAUUUUGAUGUACUCCAUUGUUUUGUGCAGUCACCACAACAGUGCCUUAACCACCACAGUUAUUGGUGCCAUUAAGAAUGUUGCUGUAGCCUACAUUGGUAUGUUCAUUGGAGGGGACUAUGCAUUUUCCUGGCCUAACUUUGUAGGGCUGAAUAUAUGUAUAUCUGGUGGCCUGGUCUAUGCAUACAUGACAUUUCGUAACGCCAGUACCUCCACACCACGCACAACAAAUCAAGAGGCAGAAGAACUGGGACAUGUCAUUGAGGAGCCCCAUAAUGUCUCUGCAAAAAGACCAGUCUAAUGUACAGUAUAGCUAAAGUCUAAAUUUCUAGUUUAUAUUUUGUACAUUUAUUUUACUAAAGCUGCAAUAAGCCACCUUUUAUAUUUUUAAAUGACAAUAAUUUGACCUUUUACUUUGUACAAUAUUGUUUGUGAAACUGUGACUAUGGGGUUAGUGUUAAAAUGUCAUUAUUGAGGGCAUGUGUGCUUGUAUUGUGCAAUUGUAAUAAACACAACCUUAAAAAAAAGUUU